CUAAUUACGUUCUUGAGAUCAUGCCUUCCGAGAAAGAACAUAUUAACGCUGUUGUUAUUGGACAUGUCGAUAGUGGAAAAUCCACUACCACUGGACAUCUAAUUUACAAAUGCGGUGGCAUUGACAAACGUACUAUUGAUAAAUUCGAGAAAGAGGCUUCUGAGAUGGGUAAGGGUUCUUUUAAAUAUGCUUGGGUGUUGGAUAAACUGAAAGCUGAACGUGAGCGUGAUAUCACUAUCGACAUUGCCUUGUGGAGGUUUGAAACUGUUAAGUACAAUGUCACAGUUAUUGAUUCACCUGGUCAUUCGAGGAUUUCAUCAAGAAUAUGA